ACACCUGUCAGUUGCGAACAAUGGUAUCUGUCUCAAAUCCACAGUUUCAAGUCAAACUCAUCAAUCCAUCAUUGAUCCAAUCAUAUCUUUCCUUUUCACCCUUGGCUUGCAUCCAUGCCUUGGCCAUGUUCGGCCAAACCGUAUUAUGGACGCUCAUAGCAUCUCUGGCAACUCGACCCAAUCUUGAAGCCCCAUCAUCUAUACCGUGCCUCGAAACCUCCAACAACUUCACGGCGCUCAUCGACUGCUUCGACGCAUACACCGUCCCCGCACAGUUCUACACGACCGAGAGCCACGCCGCCGCCCAGCCGUCGCGCGAUGAGCUCGCGGCGUGGGUUCAAGUCGUGCACGCCAUGCUCGACUCGUCCAUCUCCGUCUCCGUCUCCGCGCCGCACACGCACCCCGCGAUCCCCGCCGCACUCGCCCCCUCGUACCACCUCGCGACGUUCACCGACGGGCCCACGAAUCGCUCGUACACGGUGCUCUCCGAGCGGUACGCAGUGCGCGGAUACUACGCGCGGGGCUGGGGCCUGUUCGUCGUGCCCACUCCCACGACCGCACCACGGCGCAGGGCGAACGCAUACCUCUCCGCUCCGCACGCGGGGUACGAUCUGUACACCCCGCAGCAGGCCGGGGCGCUUUUCCAUCUGGCGCAGGCGCGCAGCGUCCUAAUUGCGGGGCGCGCGCGGCAGGCACUGCACCGUGUGUCCGCGUGCCAGCCGGCGCGGGGGUACUGGGCGACGGAUCCGGCACACGAUGUCGCCGAGCCGUUCUUCGCUGCGAGCAAGGCCAUCUUCGACUGGGAUCGCGCACAGGAUGUGCGGGCGACGUUUGUGCAGAUGCACGGCAAGGCGCGCUCGUCGUGUCCUAGCGACAUGGCGUUCAUAUCCGCAGGCGUCGGCCCGAGCGUAUUCUACGACACCCCCCUGGCAGCGCCCAUCCACCGGCUCACCGCCGCGCUGAUCAGCCGCUUUCCCGCAUGGCGCGUGUCCACCCCGAACACCUCACCGUGCUCCCUGCUCGCGACGGACAACGUGUUUGGGCGUCUUGUCAACGGGGUCGCGGAGGGGGACCUCUGCGAGACGGUGGCUGCGGAGGGGGACGUGACGGGGAGGUUCGUGCAUAUCGAGCAGGCGAUGGGGGCGCGCAUGCCGGGGGACGGGCAGGCUUUUUGGCGGGGGUGGGCGGAGGCGAUGUUGGAUGCCUGGGGGAGUAGAUCGGAGUUCGGAUGAAGUCCUCCUGUGCGACACUAUCACCGCAGUCUCCAGUACCUCGGUCCAUCUGGUCUGUACCUCAAGGAAAGCGUUCUUGCGGAUAUUCCUGGAAUACAUGCGACCCAUCAAGAUGCCGCUGUAUGGCAGACUUAUUAUACGGGCAUGGCAAACGGGCAUGUCCCGCCAAGCGGAGUUUGAAUUUCGCUUGGCGGGCAUUUGAUGGCGGGCAUGGGCAUGGGCAUGGCUUGUGCCCAACUUUUUGAACCUUGGGACAUUGCUUGGUGUCGG